GGCAACAUCAGAAACGUUGGUUGAUAAAAUAUAUUGCUUGUUUUAAUGUUUUCUUGCGGAUUGUUGGAUAUAUAAUAAGUUUUAAUUUAUACUUAUGUUUUCUUAUUUCAUUAAGUAUUUAAUCAUAUUAAACUUUCUAAGGCAGCGUGCUGUGCUCUUGUUUUUAACUGGAAUUAUUGAUUAGAUCGUCAUUAAAAGACUUGGGGCAACAGUGAUACAAACAGCGAGGAAUGCAGGCAGAAUAACAACACACCGUCUGAGACGUUAGAUACAUCAGAAACACCACUGGUCGCUGAGGAUAAAGAUAUCAGUACAACCAUGCCUGAAAGACGCAAGAUGAAGUCCCCCAGUCCAAAGAUGACGAGCACCCCAAAGAUGAAACGGAAAGAAACAGGGUCAGACUCCACUACCGAUGACAUUCAGAAAAGACUGCGAUUUAGUGAAAGCAUGUCUCCUAAGAAAGAGUUUACAUCUGCAGACUCGGUGGACUUAAAGGCAGAAUACAAUGACGGCACAACUCGGCCCAUCUUCAAGAAACGACUUAAGAGCUUCAGUGCCAACACUGGGGAGAUGGCGCAGCUGGAAUGCACAGUUUCUGGUUCCCCUUUGCCUAAGGUGCUCUGGUUGAAGAACAACCGGCCUCUUAAGGCUAGCGACGGAUGCAAAGUUAUCGUCGACGAGGGCACGAAUAUCCUCGUGUUCCCGUCCGCACGUGACGAAGACGUGGGCACGUACACUGCACGUGCAAUGAAUGUGAAUGGCUCCAUCAUGUGUUCGGCGGAAUUCACUCUCAAUGAUGGCACCUCACUGCCCGCCAUGCCGAUCACGGACGGUCCGAUGGACAUGGACUUCACAACGCCUGCCUACUUCUUCCAGAUGUCCAGCUGCGAGGUAGCGGAGGGCCGCCUCGCCAGGUUCGACUGCCGCGUGGUGGCCUACCCCAGACCGGAAAUCGUCUGGAUGCGAGACGGCAAAGUGAUUGACACCAGCGACAGAUUCAAGCUCCUUAACUUUAACAACGAGAUCUACUCGCUCCUCAUUCAGGACGUGAAACUGGGAGAUACGGGCCGCUACACGUGCUGGGCACGCAACAAGUUCGGGGAGGCCAUGACGGAGGCGUACCUGAAUGUGAUCAGCCUAACAGAUGACAAAGACGAGGGGGAUAUCGCGCCGAAAUUUCUGACUCGGUUUUACGAUCAGCAGACGACAGAAGGGACCGCCACGGAAUUUCAGUGCCUGGUUACCGGCCGCCCGGCGCCAGAUGUCGCUUGGCUGCAUAACGAUAGCGAGAUUGCCGCUGGUGCCGAGAUCCGAACGAGACGCCAAGAUGGCCUCCUUAAAUUGGAGAUUAAGAAGCCUCGUUUGGAACAUUCUGGAACGUUCACUUGUCAGUUGACGAACCCACUGGGCGAGGCGGCGUGCAGCGCCAAAUUGACGGUGGUGGAGGACAAACUGCGCGGGAAAAUGUUGCCCAAGUUCUUGCGCAAGUUCGAUCACGUGACCGCCAAGGAGGGGGAGGAAGUGACUUUUACCAGCGUCAUCGUCGGCGAGCCCACACCUGAUGUCACGUGGCUUUUCGAUCAUAGGGAAAUCAGUGAGUCCAACCGUCGGUUCGUGAUCCGUCGUGAAGGCGACGCGUACACGCUGACCAUCAAGCACGCGCGCUUUGACGACGCCGGCAAGAUCACGUGCAAGGCUAGCAACGAGGAGGGGGAAGUGUACUGCAGCGCCAACCUUCUCGUGCGCGAGAGCGUCUUUACGCGGGACGCAGAUGAACUGGGAAUCAAGGGACUGGACGAGACGGACUCGCGUUUUGGCUACGUGCCAACGUUUACCAAGCGUCUCCAUGACGUGGAGGCCAAGGAGGGUUCACGAGCCACUUUCGAGUGUCGCGUGAUGGGAAUUCCCGACCCGGAGAUCUGCUGGAUGAAGGAUGGACGGGUGAUAAGCCCCGGCGGCCGGUUCCACAUGUCGAAUGAGGGCGGCACGUGCCACCUCGUCAUCGAUGACGUCAUGUCACAGGACGCCGGCGUGUACACGUGCAUCAUCUCCAACAACCAGGGAAAGUCGUCCUCGACAGCGGCCCUGAAACUGAACGAAAAAGAAAAGAAAGAAAGAGCUACCCCAGAAACGUCGCUGAAAGACGGUAUUAGCACCGACAGAGGGCGUCACUCGCCCGACAGACGUCAACAGCAAAAGGAGAUUACGCCCACGCGCUCUCGUUUCCUUGACGACGUGACGUCAAAGCGCGCGUAUCCGGAUAUUGAUACGCCUACGAGCUCUCGUUUCCUUGACGACGUGAAGUCAAAGCGCGCGUAUCCGGAUGAUACGCCUACGCGCUCUCGUUUCCUUGACGACGUGACGUCAAAGCGCGCGUAUCCGGAUAUUGAAAAAUACGAAGCCAAGUCUGGUCUACGCCGACACGAAUCACCGUCGGACCGCAUCGAAAGUCUGCUCGAUACGCGACCUAAGGAGCGCUAUGACAUCCAACAGAGGUCGCCUCAAAGUACCGGAAGUACUAGACAGCCGCCGCUCCAGAGGCAGCGAAGUUUUGAGAGACCGAAGUCCAUGUACGACAGCCCAUAUAGCGAUCUGACGUACACUUCCCCUUAUGAGCGGAAAUAUGAUAGCCGCCCAACAGACGAUAAGCCCAGGUAUCAGAGUCUAGACAGGGCUAGUACGUUUGACAGCAGCCGAAUUUCAUCAAUUACUCCAUACGAGAGUCCUAAAACGAGAGACUCCGCGCUAUUUUCACCUCUUGACGGCGCACGUAACCGAACCCCUGAAAGACAUAGGUUCGAGAGAACGAGCUCGUUCGAAAGUCCGAGGUCAUUGAAGUACGACAGCUUUCAGAGUUACGACGGUUCGGACUUGUACGCGAGUCCCCGACUGAUUGAGACGUACAGGUCUUAUGGUAGCCCAUCAGCACAGAUAACGAGGCUGGACAGAACCCUGACCCUUGAUAGCCCACGCAACAUGACCAGUUUUCUGCUCGAUAGCCCGCGAACCAUGUCCAGUUUGCCCAAGUCCCCGUAUGACCGUUUGCAAACGUACGAACCGUUACUGUCUGAAUCACCUCGAAAUGUAAGCCAUGCUCAGAUUCCUUACGAAACGCCGAGACUGACCUAUGAUAACCUUCGAUUUAGAUUUGACAGCCCCGUUCUGUCUCAAGACGAUACAAGAAGACCCUACGAGCCGCAAAGGCGCUACUCAUUGGGAAGAGCGGACGCUCCAUCGGCGAUUCCCAAACUGCCAUCUGAUAGGCCUACCAUUCUCGAGCAAAAUGAGGAUUCGGUGAAACUCUCUUGGCUCCCGGCGAGGACCUUUGCACUUCCGGAAGAUUCUCGACACGUUUCGUACGUCGUAGAGUCCCGCGAGCUUCCAAGCUUGGAUUGGACCCGGCUUGCCUCCGCUGUACCGGGAACUACAUACACGGCGUACAAUCUGAGACCGGAUAGAGAGUACGAGUUCCGGGUUCGAGCCCAGAACCGACACGGCGUCAGCGAACCUACUUGGUCUGCUGCGGUGGAGAAACGAGUUGAUCGCAAGAGCGCAACGCAAAUCCCGGAAGUACGAGCGCCGCCCCGUCUUCCCACACAGCGACCCGUCGUCACGGACUACGGUGAGGAGACAGUACGGUUGGCAUGGCGUCCGGUGGAGACCUAUCAAACCCAACGAACAUCGCCGGUUUCGUAUAGACUGGAAGCGAAGGAAUUGCCCGGAAAGGACUGGAUGCCAGUUUCGAGCCGCCUUCGUGACACCAGCCACUACCUUUCCGACCUUCCCAGUGAUCGAGACUUCUUGAUCCGAGUCCGGGCGGAGAACGAUUUCGGUAUCAGUGAACCCACGGAACCGCUCUGGCUCCCCAGGGCUAGAGCGUUCCCUGGCGUUCCCGUUUCACGACCAGAGAUUGUUGAUUACGAAGACACGUGGGCGAAACUGUCCUGGACUCGGGUUGAUAUACCUUCCUUCGCAUUGGACGAGGUUCCUUUGACGUACAUGAUUGAGAUGGAGGAACCACCCCAUGACUGGCGAACAAUUGCCAGCGACCUGGACGAUUCGGUCUACAUCGUGGACGGCCUUCGACCCGGUCGGGACUACCGAUUCAGGGUUCGAGCCAGGGGACCCACAGGCACCGUCAGCGAGCCGUCACCUGCAGUGUCUCUGUACAAAGCGCUUGCAAGCAGCCACGCCCCAGUUGACCGCCUCCAAGUGCUAGAAUAUGAACCGGACACCCGCAGCGUGCACCUGUCUUGGUCUCGCGUCACCAUCCCGCCGUAUAGCAGCGACGAGGAGCCGCUUAUGUACAUGAUUGAGUACCAGGAGCCGCCCCUUCCGGACUGGAAACCGUUGGUUACUGGUAUCCCAACCACCGGCUACAGGGUCAGGCACCUGGAUAUGGACAGGGACUAUCGGUUUAGGGUCCGAGCCCUUACACCAUACGGGCUCAGUCAACCGUCACACGAACUUCCGGUUACAAUGAGACAAAAGCCUGCCUAUCACGCUUUGCCGGAAGCAGUCGUCAUUUCUGACGUGGAGUCUGACUCUCUCCGGUUGUCCUGGCGACGCCCACUGGACGACCUGUCUCGCCCAAUCAGCUACCAGAUCGAGAUGCGCGAGUCGCCAUUCGGCCAAUGGGCGCCAAUAGCAACACGGGUCACGGACACGACGUACAGGGUCACCGGAUUGCGGCCGACCCACGACUACCAGUUCCGUGUGAUACCCCAGGCGGACACCGGCUACCUUGAACCGUCAGUGACCGCGUCGCUAACCGCGCUACCAGUGAGACCAAGGUGGCCGAUUGAAGAACCACAACUAAGGGAGGUGACUCCUCAGUCAGCAAUGUUGUCAUGGAAACCAGCGGAGCUUCCGGCAUACCAGCGCAUGCACACUCCGAUUCACUACAGCGUGGAGAUGGCGGAACUUCCGUCGUCAAAAUGGGUGCCACUGGCUAAAAGAGUGCCCGAUACCUCCUUCCAUGUUACAGGCCUGAGACCCGACCGAGACUAUAAGUUCCGGGUCAUGGCGGAAACAGAGCCGGGGUUCAGCUCUACCAGUAUGCCAACAACUCUGUACAGGAGACCAGUCCCUCGUUUCUCGACUAAAGAGCCGAUAAUCAACGAGCUCAGCCAGAGCGCCGUCAGCCUGUCUUGGCUCCCGGCCGAGGGAGGUCUGGAUGUACUGUACGAGGUGGAGAUGCAGUCGCCGCCCGGUAUUGCCGCCUGGCGGACCCUGUACCGAGACCACCGGACCCCCAACGUGCGUCUAUCGGACCUGCGGGCGGACCUGGACUAUCUUGUCCGCGUUCGUGCCUACGCAGAAUCGUACCAGAGCGAACCCACACUGCCCGUGUACAUCCCACGAAGGGCAGCCCCGCCCCGCCUACCCAUCGAGGAGCCGUACGCCGUCUCGAUAGGCGCCGACUACGUGAAGCUGCAGUGGCGUUCGGCGGACCUGCCCUCUCAUAUCCUGGACUACGCGCCAGUCACGUACCGGAUCGAGUCUCAGGAGGCGCCGAGCUCGAGCUGGGCCGUGGUGGCCCGCGGAAUCACACACACAGAUUUCAAGGUGACGGGUCUGAGCCCACAGAAGGAGUACUCUUUCCGGGUGCGGGCCGAGAAUGACUAUGGCGUCAGCGACUCUACCCGGACCAUGGUGGUGAAGAGAAGAUCUAUCGCGCCUAUUCUGCCGUCGGAGCAGCCUCUGAUCUACGAUAUCGUGCCCGGCUCGGUGCGUCUGUCCUGGAGGCCAGCGUCACUGCCGUCUUACGUGACGUCAACGUCGCCUAUCACGUACACGUUGUACAUACAGGAGCACCCGUUCACGUCAUGGCGACCGCUGGUCAAAGGCGUUCCGCACACGUCAUACCACGUAACCGGCCUUAAUCCCGACCGAGAAUACAACUUCCGGGUACAGGCGGAGAACGAAUACGGAAGUAGCAAGCCAACGGAGCAUGCCCGUCUGCUGAAGUAUGAAGUCGAAAAGACUCAGGAGCGGAAAGACCUUUGGCGCCCAGUUUCGGUCCCUGAAAUAUCUGAUUUUGACGAGGAAUUUACUUCAAUGAAUCUAAGAUGGCGCCCAACUCCGGUUCUAAAUUUCGAUCAGCGCCAACUACCAGGGCGGUACACCGUUGAGAAAUGGGAACCAAUCCGAGCCGAAUGGAAACCAAUUGCUCGGGGAAUUCCGGACACUACGUACCGCGUGCGCGAUCUUCCGAAAGUUCCCGACCACGUGUUCCGUGUCCGAAUGGAUACGGAACUUCCCGAUCUUGGAGAACCUUCCCUGCCAGUUUCUUUCAGCCGCUAUCGAGGUAAGCCCCACAUGCCCAUAUACCGACCGCAGCUGUACGAGGUGACCGGGGAUUCCGUGAAGUUGUCAUGGCAACCCGUGCACGUCCCCGAGGGGGCGUCCAGAAUCAGUAUCCGUUACAUCGUGGAGCAGCGUGAGAUACCGGAACCUCGCUGGAUCACUGUGGCCUCUGACGUCAUCGAAACUAGCUACAAGGUGCGCGGCCUCAACCCUCGGUCCGACUACGAGUUCAGAGUCAAGGCCAUCAUGGACGGCGUGACGUCAGAUCCGUCUUUCUCCGUGCCGCUGUUCAGGAGAGCUGAGAUACCUAGGGUGAAGUUCGACUCGCCCGAGGUGUACGAUAUGGACGACACGUCGCUGUCGCUCCGAUGGAAGACCGUGGACGUUCCCGCGUUCACCUACGACGAGGAGCCUCUAUUGUUCAUAAUUGAGCGCCAGAUACUGCCCAGCUAUGAGUGGGAACCCGUCGUGACCAACAUCUCCGACCGCAGCUACAUCGUCCGCGACCUCUUGCCAUACCGGGACUACAACUUCCGGGUGCGCGGCGUUCACCCGUCCGGCUACACGGCGCCGUCGCCGGCGGUGCCGGUAUAUCGCCGCCCAAUUCGUCCGUCCGUCCCCGUCGCGUACCCGGAAAUUUGGGAAGAGAACCAACACACCGCGAGACUUCGAUGGCAGCGAGCUUACAUCCCAAAGUACUACUCUAACAAAAACAUACCAUACAGAGUGGAAAUGCAGGAAGUAGACUCACAGAGUUCCGAAUGGCGUCCGGUGGCGUCUGACGUCAUAACUCGUGACGUCACGAUCCCCAAUAUGACGCCCGGAAAAGACUACAACUUCCGUAUCCGGGCUCAGCUGGAGAAUGGGGACCUUGGAGAGCCUUCAUUGCCAAUACAGUACAACAGGAGCAGAGGACUGGCGCCGCGACAUAACCUGGACGAAUACAAGCCAGUGCAGUACGAGGCAGUGUUCCUUAGCAACAGACCGUACUUGGACCACCUCUGCAAAUACGUUCCACCGCGCAUGCCUAUUGAGAAGCCGGACAUGAUUACCAUGGGAAUGGAUAACGUUGAACUGACAUGGAAACCUGCUAGAGUACCCGAUGUAAUCAAAAACACGUGCAAUCUGACGUACACCAUUGAGGUUCGAUGCCCGCCGUCUUUCGAGUGGCGCGAAUUGGCCUCAGGGCUCAAGGUCUGCUUCCACCACGUGACCGACCUUAACCCUCGGGUCGACUACAUCUUCAGGGUUCGAGCCUGGAACGAGUACGGUUGCUCAGAGCCCAGUCUACCAGUAUCGCUGUACCGACCCUACGACGCCAAUCGUGAUGAGCUGGAUGACGAAGAGUUUGAGAGGGAGUGGGAGGCAAGGUUUGGACACAAAGAGGGUGUAAUCGACCAGAAAGUGCCCCCUAAACUACCGAUGGACACACCCCGGAUCGUGACCCAGUCUGCGGACACACUCUGGUUCACUUGGCACCCGGCUCGAAUCCCGGCCUACGCCACGCAGACACAGAUAACGUACACGAUCGAGAUCAAGGAACCGCCGUCGAACCAAUGGAAACGCGACGUCACAGGCCUGCUCGACUGCCAGUACAUCAGGGAGGGGCUCGACCCGAACAAGGAAUACCAUAUCCGGGUGCGCGCCGAGACUGAGUUCGGACCCAGCGAUCCCACGCUGCCUAUCAUCUUGAAAGGAAAAGGUUCUCGCCCGAGUUCUCGCGUGGCCAGUUCUGAACGAGACGAGAUUCGCGACUCGAGACGAGAGCUGUCAUAUAUGGACAACAUCGCAUCUGGAGUGCCACCACGCAUGGCAUCAACUCGACCAAUCAGCGCCAAUGUGGGCCCGGACAGGCUGACCUUGACCUGGUCCGCCUGCAGGUUGCCACCCUACGUGAAAUCCACUGGUGCCACGUACAUCAUCGAGAAGCGCGAGCCGCCGGGUCACGUCUGGAGCAUCCUUGCGAAGGACGUCACUUGCACAAAGUACGAGAUCACGGGCUUAAACCCCGAGCAAGACUACAUGUUCCGCGUUCGGGCUCGCAACGAAUAUGGCGUCAGUGAGGCGACACUUCCGGUGACCUUGUACCGGGAAAGAGACGAUUACGUUCCACAGCGCCGUCGCAGUCGCUCGGGAUCAAGGGACAGUCUCAACGCCAUGUUAGCGUACCGUCUUGGACGUAGGAGCGCGUCGUUUGAUUACGGCAGCGUCGCAAGAAGCGGAAGCGGAAGUGAUGAUAGGAGCUCCACCGAGAGAAUGCCCGAAAAGCCCGAGAUUAUGACGACCGUCGACACCCAGUACGGUGUACAGGGGAAGAAGGGUCAGAUCGCGCUGCAGGUGAGGGGCUAUCCCCUCCCCAAGAUCCGCUGGUACAAGGGGGAAGAGAAGGUCGAGAACGGCGACACAUACAACGUCAUCGUUUCGUCGAAAGGGGACAUCAUAUUGGAGAUUAAGGCGGUGAAUGCGGGCACCGUGGGGCAGUACAAGUGCUACGCGGAGAACAACAGCGGCAGCGCGGUCAAGGUCGUCUAUUUCGAACUAGCAGAACAACCGACCGUCCUAAGAACCAUACAAGACCAAGUGGUCCAAAAAGACAGUCCGGUCAUUCUGGCCUGCAAAAUCGACGGCUUUCCCGCCCCGACCGUGAAAUGGUUGAAAGACUGGCGCCCCCUUUCGGAAUCUGCGCACGUGAAGCUCUUGAACAUUUCGUCUGAGAUCUACCAGCUCGAGAUCAUGAACACCCUGGAUUCCGACAGCGGCCUGUACGCAUGCGUGGUGGAAAAUUGCGCUGGAAAGGCUACGGUUACCGGUCGCCUCACUGUGGAAGCUGACGUCGUCCAGGGAUUCGAAGACGUUAACAUACGCUCUACGCCUUUUGAAGAAAAGUACCACGUUCUAGAGGAAAUCGGAAGAGGGCGGUACGGCGUGGUACGGCGGGUCGUGGAGAUGGCGACGGGGCGCACCUACGCGGCGCACUUCCGGUCGCUGCGCAACAAGGCCCAGAAGAACUUCUUUAUGACUGAGUUCGAGAUUCUACGGGCGCUCGCACGAACAGACGGCGUUCUGAGAAUUCACGACGCUUUCGAGACCGACCGAACGCUGAUUUUCGUCACGGAAGUUUUGACAUCAUGUGACCUCAUGGAAACGUUGGUAGCCGAUGGCAACUGGACGGAGGCAAAGGUCGCAGAGACUGUCAGAAAGCUUCUGUACAUUAUGCGGGACCUGGAAUACCGGAGAAUAUUGCACCUCAAUAUUAAGCCCAGCAACAUUCGUGUGUGCGGAGAUCAGUUAAAACUGUCCGGUUUCGGCCUUUCGCGAAUACUUAUACCAGAGGACGAAGAGGUUACACACAACUAUGGAAGCGUAGGCUACGCCUCACCGGAACAGGUCACGAACAGCGCCCUCUCGAGUCGUACAGACGUCUGGUACAUCGGUGUGCUGGUGUACAUAAUAUUGUACGGCAGCAGCCCCUUCCGGGGCGCCUCGGAGACGGAAGUGUUGCAGAGGGUGUCGGAUGGCGUCUGGAGCGUAGAGGACGCCGACUUCGAGGGGUUUUCCAAGGAGGCCGUAGACUUCAUCCGAAGACUUCUCGUGAAGGAACCAGCCGGCCGGAUGUCGGUCGAGGAGUGCUUGAACCACCCCUGGCUGGGAACCAAGAGUGAGACGCCGCUGAAAAUGGACAAGAUCCGGAAAUUCCAUAAUGCAGAACGUCUUAAGAGGGAGGCGCAGAAGACGUAUUCAAGCGUCCAACUGCAAAGCUUCUCGAAGAUCCUGCACGGCACGCGCGCCCUCUACCAGCCCGCAGUUGACAUCGAGUCCGGAGAGAUUUUCUUCCCCGAUUCGGACGAGUACGGAAACUACCUGGACGAAGAUGCCUGGUACGAAUGGCAGCUCCAGUACCUGGACGAUCCCGACAGUCAGAUUUUCGACAUCAAGGACAGGGCAUUCACGGUCCGAGAGAGCAGGCAUGCCGGGGCGCCCAAAACUACGUCAGGCGCACCCGAGGAGGUCGACACCGGUUCCGGCGUGAUGUUCCGCGAGAAGAUUCAGACAAUGAGCUUCUGGCCGGGUGUGGAUGCCGUGCUCUCGUGCACGGUCGGGUGGAACGAGGCGGGCGGCGAGCCGGUGAUUACGUGGUAUAGGGACGAGACGCUGCUCACGGACGCCUACAGGGCUGACCCGAGUUUCGACCCUGAGACGGGUGUUGCCAUGUUGACCAUUAUCAGCCCCAAGGAUUACGACACGGCGGUGUACAAGUGUGUGGCGAGGACCAAGCUGGGGCGCGUGUCCUGUCAGGCCAAACUGUUACUCGGAGACUAUCCAUCCAAUCCUGGCAGACCCCUCGUGACGGCCGUGUCCGGAAGUGAGGCCCUGCUGACCUGGUCCCCACCUUCGACCGACGGAAACUCGUACCUGCUGGGCUACAGAGUCGACUAUCGGAAACACGGCGAGAAGAAGUGGACGCAGGGACCCUACGUCACGGAGGAGUACGCCCGGAUAUCCGGUCUGUCGGCCGAGUCCAAGUACGUGUUCCGGGUGUCGUGCCACAACCAGUAUGGACAGAGUCCAUUCAGUAUGGCCUCCUUAGAGGCAGAGACGCUCGCUGCGGACGCGCCAACCGUGACGGUGUUCGGCGACCUACUUCCAUUCAUGCAGUUCACGAGCUUCGACAAGAACCAAUUGACACUGCCGGCCCAGAGCCGCCGCGCGUCUCUGGCGCCGGAAGUCGCCGUCGAAGUCACGGAAGGGAGCCCGGAAGAGAGAUACACCGUUUUCGAAAAGAUAGCGAGCGGUACAUAUGGCGACUGCAAGAUUUCCGUCAACAAAGAAACGAAGAAGCAUUACAUGACAAAAGUCGUACCAUAUAACAAGGAUGAGCACGCCAGAAUCACGCAUGAGUUCGAAAUCCUACGUCACCUGAGUCACGCCAACGUGAUCGCCGUCGCCGAUGCGUUUGUCGACGGCGCUUCGUUCCACGUGAUGUACGAGAAUCUCUGCGGCAUGAACAUCGUCCAGUACCUCAGCCUGCACAAGUCCUACAAAGAGGAACUGGUCGCAAAGAUCGUACGACAGGUGCUCGACGCGCUGCAGUAUCUGCAGUUUUUUGGUAUAGUGCAUCUUAAUCUACAGCCUAGCAGCAUUGUCAUGGCAACGCGCCGGUGUCCGUUUGUGAAGAUUCAGGACUUUCGUUUGGCCUCGAGACUGGUCGCGGGUGAAGGCAAGCGCGUACCAAAACAAGGGUAUCCGGAUUUUGUCGCCCCUGAAGUGCUAAAGGGGGACCCGAUUGGUCUCACUACAGAUGUAUGGACGCUUGGCGCUGUUACAUUUACAUUGUUGAGCGGUUUGUCCCCUUACGGCGGCAAGGAUCUCGAAGAGACGCUGAGUCGUAUCUUGUUCGACAGGUACGAUAAACGAGACCUGUACGAAAACGUGACGAGCGAGAGCAUAAAGUUCGUCACGGCGCUGAUGAGGAGAGUGCCCAAGAACCGCCCAGUGGUCAGCAGAUGCCUGGACUCCCAGUGGCUGCAGUUCUCUGACAGCAUGGUGACGUCGCGUAGCUCCCGGGUGUUCAAGACCGACCGCCUGCGCGCGUUUGACGAGUGCUAUCAGCGGCUACGGGCCGAUCCGGCAUACCGCGUAGAUACGGUCGACAUUGACACUCUUCCUAAGCCAAACGAAGAAGAAAUCGCAGGGCAGGUGAAAUAUAUGGACGAUGCCUUGAUGUUUUGCUAGUGGGUAUGAUUAGCUGGUAGAAUGAACACCGAACCAACACCAAGUUAUCUGGUACGAUCAACACCAAACCAACACCAAGUUAUCUGGUACGAUCAACACCAAACCAACACCAAGUUAUCUGGUACGAUCAACACCAAACCAACACCAUGUUACACGUUAGUGUCAACACAAGACCAAAAUCGUAUUAGCAGUUUGAAAUACGUGCAUUGGAGAUGAGGCAUGGGAGCACUUUGUGGAAAUAUUCAUACAUAGAGCCUGACUAUCUAAGGCGGAAGGACAUUGCUUUGAAUAACGUGUAGUUAGUUAUCAUAUAUAACGUAUACUGUAAGGUACACUGAAAUACUCUUGUGGAUAGAAUUUGUGUAAAUAACGACCUAAAUUGAAUAAAGGGUAUAUGGUUAUAAUAUAUUAAAUUAAGCACAAAUGCUUUGUCAUAUGUGUAGAUGUCAAUAAUAUACAACAUUAACGGACAAAAUGCUUUAAUUUCGUGUAGAUUAUUAUGAUAUAUUUUCUGGAAAGGAAAACACUUUGAACUAAUUUAUAUGAUCUGUUCAAGUAAAAUAUAGUGUGAUCCAAUAGUAUGUAAGUCAUCAAGCAUUCGUGUAUAAAAUGUGUAUAUAAUUAAAUUGUAAAUGUAUUUUAAUCAAAUAAAGUACUCGUGUGUAUUACAUGUAACGUUGUCCCUAGUUAGUAAACCUUACACAUAUAUGUACAUUUGUAUAAGUAGUUUGCACAAUGGUUUUAUCAUGAACACGUAUCAACUACAUUUUAUUAUUGCACAAAUAAUUAUUUUCUUGUCUUCAAUCCACACAGAGCUCAAUCAGAAGUCUAUUUUAAUCUAUUUUCUUCAAAAGAAAUUGAAUCUUUUAUUUCGCGGUAUAUAACUAAGGUGUCAUAUUCCCAUAAUUUCCGUUAAAGAUCGUCAGCAUAUUGGUUGCGGGAAUAUAAAUGAAGUGCAUCCAUGUUUGGACACAAUUUUUGUUAUACAAUAUGUACUAUUCACGAGCACAAUGAACGAUAUUAUGACGUAAUUAUGUCACAUGAUCACUAAAUAUAUCAAUCUGUGUUUUUCAUUGCCUGUAUGUCAGAUAAUAACACACACAUAUAUAUAGGACCUAUAUUUCACAAAGUUACGUUUAGUAUUUGAUCUUUAUAGAGAUACAUUCAGGUACUUUAUAACAUGAAUGUAUGUUUUAUAUAUAUGCAUGUUUUGUUAAAUUACUGUAAUAGUCAAAGUUAUAUUUACACUCAAUAAUAAUUAUUAUAAUCUGGUUGGUAAAUUAUACUACAUCUAUCUAUCUAUCGUAGUUUGUUGAGCUUUGUAUACAGUAUUGUUACGCGAUGCUAAGUUUAUUUUUUGCUUUUACUUAUAUGUUAAUAUUUUUUACAAGAAAAUAUUAGUUUAGUUUUUGAAGUUAUCAUUUAUGUAUACACACAAUUAUUGAUCGUUACCCAUUUAACCAUCAUUCUAGCGAAACUGUAAAAGUUGUUUGAAGUAAGUAUAUACUUUGUACAAAAAUAUCUUGCCUUAGUGUUAUCCUAUGUUUACAUGAUAAGUAACUCCGUGUGUUAUAGUUUUAUAUUCAAAAGUGUUGGUAGCAUUUAUUUUUUACUUGAAAUAAUAAGAGCGUGUAUACUGUAUUAAGUGUUUGAAGUGGCUGGCGUUUUAUGUUUUGUUUCGUUUAGAACCUUAUUAAACCGUAUAU